AUGGAGGAUGUGACACCACAGCUAGGUUGGCGGAAAGAGGAGGCGUUAAAUCCAAGAGGAGACUUUGGUCUUGAUCGAAAUUCCUUUUUCGGCGAUAAAGAUGAGAAUAAUGAACAUAACAAGUUGCACAUAAAACGUUGGAAGGGCUGUGCCUGCGACGGGUUUGCUAAUAACCGCUCUUUCAUUCGAUUGAAGCAAGGGCUGGUGGGUGUGGCAACAUGCCUUGACACGCUUUCGCGUAUCACUGUGCAGCAAAAGCUACUUUUAGGACUCUCAAUUGAGGAUUCAGUGCCGGAAAUAUUGUUAGGAGGUGAAGAAUCUUACUUAGGAAGUGAGUUGAGUACAGAACCGAAAUUUAGCUGCACAACAACGGCUUUUUCAAAACAGAGAACUUCAACUUCUGAAGCCUCGACGUGUACAACACUGGAUGAUCCCAGAUUGAGAGAUGGAGAAAUGCGGGUUGAUGCCACUGAUCCGAGUGGGUCUGCAAUAAUAGGUGGAUCAAUAAGGCAUGUUACUGAUUCGGAAUCUCUUGAAGUUACACAAGAAGUUAUUGUUUCUGAAAGAGACUGCCUUUCUCGACUGUUGGUUGAAGCGGAGGAGGAGAUGAACGAUUUGAAGUAUACAUAUGAACAAAGAAUUUGUCAGCUUCAAGGCGAGCUUAAGAGUUAUCAAGGUAUGGUGGUUCAGCUUCGUGAUAUGGAGAAUGCUCGUCAUCUGGAAUCCCUAUCUGCAGCAGAGAAGAUUGCCCGAUAUGAGGAGGAAUUACUGACCUUGUGCAAGCUACUUGUGCUCUCUACAGAGAAGGAAUUUUCCUUAUCAGCCAAAAAAGAGUCCGUGGAGGGUAUUUAUGGGGCGCAGCUUCAAUGCCUCGAGGAUGCGCUGGUGGUUGCGGCAAGGAUGAAUACUGUUUUGCUGGAAAAUGCAGAGAGGCGCGAUUUGGCAUAUUGUGUCGCGGUAAAGGAGAUAGACAAUCUCAGGGGAAAAUUGAUGGAGUCAAGGGAUGAGGUAAAACAAGAGAAAGAAAUGUACGAGGAUAAGAUGAGAGCAAUGGAACGUGAAGUACUGUUCUUAAGGCCUUUUAAGGAACGUGUUGAUAUAGUUGAGGAAAAGUUGCGGAGGUGCGCCCAACACGAGAAAUUAGUGGUGAAAUAUGAGGAAGAACUACAGCAACUUCGAUCGUCUUUGAGAGAGGCGGAGAAACUUGUCCUUACUCUCAAACGGGAGUAUGCAGCACUUUCUGCUGGUUUGAAUCAAACUGGGACGAGUGACGGAGGUGUUUUUGCUCUGUCUAAUGUCACCGUACAAACUGAUCUUAACGUAGGCUCCUCGGGUAAGGUCGAGGUUGCCGAAAGUCCCUCACACAUGAGGAGCUUAACUUGCGAAAUUGGACGUCUGAAACAAGAGUGCCGCGCGUACCGUGAUGCGUCGGAGACCUUGAAGGAGGACCACAGUAUUGGAACGCAUUUUUUAACAGCAAAGCUCUUGAAGGCGGAGUCGGGCCAGUUGGCAUAUCCGUUGCAGAAGGAUUCACAGGCGCUGCGGCAAGAGUCUCAAGCAAUGAAUGAAACGACCACACAGGCAGUACCGGGCAAUGGUAAUACCAUGAGUUUGCUGGGGGAUAAAAAGGGAGGGGGCAGGGUGGGUGAAACCUCCGGGUUACGGCCUCCGUUUCCUGUAGAAUUUCCUUUCCGCAUGAAGGAUAGACAUGGGUAUGUCGAGAAGUGGACCUUGCCCGAUGCUGGCGUCGUGAGGCCGCAAGUAAAAGGUGUCUCCUAG